UUUACUGAUUACAUUUUUCAGAUGUUAGAGUACACUGCACGUGCUCAUAAUGAUUAAUGAGGUCUAUAGAAAUUAGAAGUGUAAAGAUAUAAUUCAUUAUUAAAUUUUAAACAUUUCAUUGUUAAUCAUGAAUUUUCAAAACUUAAAUUUAUCAAAAUACUUGUGCGAUCAGCUUAAUGCGGUUGGCGUCAAAUCACCAACUGAAAUUCAAAAAAAUUGUAUACCAAAAAUAUUAGAUGGAAUUGACUGUAUAGGUUGUGCUAAAACUGGAAGUGGUAAAACAUUAGCUUUUGCUUUACCUAUUCUUCAAAAACUUUGGGAAGAUCCUUAUGGAAUAUUUGCUCUUAUUCUUACACCUACUAGAGAAUUAGCUUAUCAAAUUGCAGAUCAAUUUGCUGUAAUUGGUAAACCUAAGAAUCUUAGACAUUGUGUAGUUACAGGUGGAAUGGAAAUGAUAGUCCAAGCACGAGAAUUAUCAAAAAAACCUCAUAUAGUGGUUGCAACACCUGGAAGACUUGCCGAUCAUUUGGAAAGCUGUGAUACAUUUUCAUUGAAACGUAUUAAAUUUCUAGUAUUAGAUGAAGCAGAUAGAUUAUUAGGUGGUAAAUUUGAUAAACAAAUUACUACUAUUUUUAGCGCUCUUCCGAAAGAUAGACAAACUUUAUUAUUUAGUGCCACCAUGACUGAUACUCUCGAAAAAGUGAAAAUGAUUACAAAAAAAAAUACUUAUGUGUAUGAAUCAACUGCUGAAGUGAAAACAGUUGAUGAACUGGAACAAUUUUAUGUGCUUUGUCCAUAUAAUGUAAAGGAUGGAUAUUUAGUAGAAAUAGUUAGAAAUUUCCGUGAAAAAGAUGAAAAAGGACUGAUUAUGAUAUUCACUGAUACAUGCAAAAACUGCCAGUUGUUGCAUAUGACAUUAAAUGAAGUUGGAUUUGACACAGUAUCACUUCAUGCAAUGAUUUCUCAACGUCAAAGAUUAGCUGGACUAGCAAAAUUCAAAUCUCAUGUUUCCAAAAUUUUAAUUGCCACUGAUGUUGCCAGUCGUGGUCUUGAUAUUCCUGCAGUGUCAUUAGUAAUAAACCAUGUAAUACCAAAUAAUGCUACUGAUUACGUUCAUAGAGUUGGAAGAACUGCAAGAGCAGGUAGACAAGGCCGUGCUGUAUCUAUUGUUACUCAACAUGAUAUAAAAUUAGUAAAAGCGAUUGAACAGAAAAUUAAUAUUCGAUUAAAAGAAUAUGACGUCUCAGGACUACAUGUUGCCAAAAUUUUAACACAAGUACAUGUUACAAAAAGAGAAGCGCAGAUAAAAUUAGAUGAAACUGAUUUUGAUGAACGACGGUUAAUUAACAAAAGAAAAAAAUUAAUUAAUGAAGGUAAAGAUCCUGAUGAAGUAGAACAAGAAAUCAAACGCAAGAGAAAAGAAAAAAAUCGACAACGAUAUGAAAGAAAAAAUUUAAUUUAUAAAAAUUGUGACAGAAAUAGUAUUAAUAGUGAACAAGAUAUAGAUGAUCAUAUUGAAAAUGUUGAAGAAAAAUGUGAAUAAAUAUAAUUUAUUAUUA